AGAACAUCUUGAUGCCAUCACGACGAGCACACAACCCUAUCUCCUUGCUGUGGGACGGAGGAAGAAAGUAGCCCAACAGUUCUUCAUCAUCCUUGACAAGAAUGCCAUUGCUUAGUCUGAAGAGACGAUGCGGGUCAGGAGGAGGAAACAGAGACUAUAUGGGAGACCUGCGGACCUGAGAGAGAACAGGGGCGGAGUCGACCUCAACACGUCACUGAAACCUGCGUUUCUUAAUUUGCGUUUUUUAAAGGAAGUAUUUCUGCUGGACCAGAAACGUCUCGCCUCAUCCAGGUCACAUCUGACCAAGCUGCAGAGAAUAAAGAUGUUGUUCUCUCCCAGAGGCCUUCAGUCUGUGUGGCUUCUUCUUGCUGUUCUUGGACUAGGCCGUCAUGAUGUGGAGGCUUCAGAAGGAAAACUAGUCAUUCAUAAAAAAGUUGGAGACUCUGUGGAGCUUUCAUCAAAUUUACCAGCUGAAGGCAUCGCCAGGGCAGAUUGGAGCUAUGGAGGCAUGAAAGUAGCAAUCAAAGGUUCAGGUCUUACUGGAAACAAUCCAUUUAAAGGCAGAUCAACAUUCAAUAACACAACCUUUAGUUUCACAAUAAGAGGCCUGACUCUUCAAGAUUCUGGUCAAUUAUUUUACGCAGAGGUCAAAGGCCAACAACGUCCAGUCGUCAUCACUCUGCAAGUUCAGGAGCCCAUAUCCACAACUCCCAUUGUGUUUUCCAACAUCACUGAGCCUGGAUCAGAUGGAUCUUGUUCAGUUUUUCUGGAGUGCAAAGUAAAUAAUCACAGCAACGUCAUCUACAGCUGGACUGUGGAAACCCAAACCAGAAACGGGCCCAGACUGCAAUACAAGAUUACACCACAAGAUGGCAACACCACAUUCACCUGCAAUGCCUCCAAUGUUAUCAGUGAGGUGUCAGCAUCCAAAAUACUGAAAUGCAGCUCUAUUGACGGAUGUGGUUUUUCUCCCGCCAUGUUUUGGGUCAGGUUGGCUGUCGGACUUCUCGUUGUCCUGGUGCUGGUCUGGCUGCUGUACGAACCAAAGUUGAAGGAAGUACUUUGUUCCGGGUUGAAACGCGCUACAGGAGUCGACCAGGACCCCAGUGAGCUGGAGCUCAACUCCUCAGCUCCUCCGGGCGAUGCUUUGGUGUAUGAAAACUCAGGAGGCGCCGCAGAUGCAGCAGAAGCUACAAACUGCUGAUGCACUCCAAGCAUCGUCUGUCAGUUUGUUUGUUCCUUCAAGUGCAAACGUCCCACCUCUAAGUUCCCAUCAGCAAUCGGGACAGUCAACGGGGAACAAGUGGACGAGAUGAGCCCAGGAAAUCCAUCAGAAAAGUUUCUUCUCAGACCACAGUCAGUCGUGGAAGACGGUUCUUCCUUCAACAGGAAGAACCAGAACCCGAAAGACUGGGGUUCUGGUUCUUCCUGUUAAACAGAGGUUUUUCCUCUCCACUGUCUCUACAUGCUCAGAGUGAGGAAGGUGAAACGACGAUUGUCCACAUUCCUGCUGGAUUUCCUUAGAUUUAAAACAUUUGAACAAAUUUGAAUAGUAAACCAAACUUGAAGAGAAAAUAUCACAUAAUUAUGAGUCAUUCUUAGUAUUUUGCCUGCUUGUUGCUAUUAGUUUGUUUUGUGGUUUUGAAAUGAGAAGAACAGACUGUUUAGCUCAUUUGCAUAUUUAAUAUCUUUCUCAGGUUUUAUGAUGAAUAAAAUUUGCUCAUUGCUGCAUU